GCGGUGGGCGGGGCCGCGCAAGGCCCGCCCCGUCGGAGCGGCCAACGCGCGCCAAAGUCAAACCGGGCGGUGGAGCUGAGAGUCCCAGGAGCGGUUCCGCGCGCUAGCCUCUGCUAGCCUCACGGAUGGCCACCCCGCCCAAGAGAGUCUGCCCGUCCCCUGCCCCCGGCGGCGAGGGCGCCCGUGUGAAGAAGGUCUCCGUGGAAGGCAACAUCGCUGCGGGGAAGUCAACGUUCGUAAAUAUCCUGAAACAAGUCUGCGAGGACUGGGUGGUGGUUCCUGAGCCUGUUGCCAGAUGGUGCAACGUUCAGAGCACUCAGGAUGAAUUUGAGGAACUGACAACCUCUCAGAAAAGUGGUGGGAAUGUUCUUCAGAUGAUGUAUGAAAAACCAGAACGAUGGUCUUUUACCUUCCAGUCAUACGCCUGUCUCAGUCGCAUACGUGCGCAACUGGCUUCUCUCAAUGGCAAGCUCAAAGAUGCAGAGAAACCUGUGUUAUUUUUUGAACGAUCUGUGUAUAGUGACAGACACUUUUUCAGAUAUAUUUUUGCAUCUAAUUUGUAUGAAUCUGACUGCAUGAAUGAGACAGAGUGGACAAUAUAUCAAGACUGGCACGACUGGAUGAAUAACCAAUUUGGCCAAAGUCUCGAAUUGGAUGGAAUAAUUUAUCUUCGAGCUGCUCCAGAGAAAUGCUUGAGUAGGAUACAUUUACGAGGAAGAACGGAAGAGCAAGGCAUCCCUCUUGAGUACUUAGAGAAGCUGCACUAUAAGCAUGAAAGCUGGCUCUUGCACAGAACACUGAAAACCAACUUUGAGUAUCUACAAGAGGUGCCUAUCUUAACAUUGGAUGUUAAUGAAGACUUUAAAGACAAGCAUGAAAGUCUGGUUGAAAAGGUCAAAGAAUUUUUGAGUACUUUGUGAUCUUGCAGAAGACUACAGGCAACAGAUAUUUCCAGAAGCUUCUGCUUUGUGUGUCUUUAUAGCUCAGUAUUCGUACCAGGGUCUUGAGAAAGCUCAAGUUUUCAACCAUUUGUGUUCCAGGAAAAAGAACAUAUUUUUGUGAAUCCUAUGUAAAACUUUGUGACUUAUUUCUCUUUUGUUUCCUCUCUUUCUCCUUUCACUUAAAAAGUCAGACGAUUAUCUCUCACAAUGGGAAAUCUGGAGGUAGAUGGUUCCAGAAUCAGAACAGUGACUCGGUGACAUUAUAAAAGACCCAGCUUCCUGUCUUUCCCCUUUAUUAUUUUCUCACAGUGCUUUUCACCUCACUGGAGACCAGUUUCUUAACGGGAAACUAAAUUAUUAUACUUGUUAAUAGUUGAAAAACAGAAUUUAAGGAAUUCUAGAAUAAGGAUUCAGAAUUUUUUUCUUUUUCUUUUUAAAGGUGCUAGGAAUCAAACUUAGGGCCUCAUGCAUGGUAUGUAAGCAUGCUACCACUUUGUUAGACCGCUGGGCCCUGUGGAUUCAAGUGUUUUUUAUCAAGUACCUCCCAUUCCACUAAUUUAUGAAGAAGCUAAGACCAGGUUUAGUAUUUAAUGACUUCAUUGAUAUUGAUGUAUCUGUAACGUACUUGUGGAGGAACCAGUUAGGCUUUGUUCCCAGUACGGUAACAGCAUAACCUAUUUUAUAAAUCAUUUAAUCUCUACUUUGUUUUUUUCAAUAUGCAAUAUGGGUGAUGUCAUUCCUUCUUCCACAUGAGAUUUUUGGAGGAUUAAGGAAAAAAUUUUUCUGUACUUAAAAGGUAGUUGAAAAGUUGUUACAUGAAUAUAUUUAAUCUACAUGAAACUUGAAAUAGCUACCUGGUUUUUCCUUCUCAGACUAUUGUUUUGGAAGGGAGUAUUUUUACUAUAGUUAAAAGGUUAUUUUUAAACUGUGAUUGCUCUUAUUGCUUGAGGAGGAUGUAUAGUUACCCCUAAAAUUCCUUCCUUUUUUUAUAGGCUAUGCUAGUGGAAUAUGAGUGAUGUUUUUCCGUGUUACUUCUUAGUCCUGUACUCAGAACGAACCGUCUGUCUCUAUUCUUGGUGAGAAGUCAGAGGAGAACCUGAAGCCAAGUUGGGUGUCUCUUGGCAGUGCAGUCUGUGUGCUCCCACCUUAUGCCCUGCUCAUUCUGCUUUCUCUGUGGUCUAGGUCGAUUGGGCAGCCCACUAUUUAAAAUAAAAAGACACCUUUCUACUUUGAGAACUCUUUGUUUGAUAGUUUGCUUUAUGUUGUAGGAUUUUGCCUUUUUUUCUUCAUUCAAAGAAAUGACUGAUAAAAAUGACCCUCCUUCAUAUGUUUCACAAAGCAUUAUUGUUUGUGGACUAGGAUAAAAUUUCAAAAGCUCCCAUUAAUGCAGUGUACUCAUCACUAAACUACUUGUGUGAAUAGUUGUAAAAUUUGCAUAGAUUGAUCCUCGGUCUUGAGUACCUAAAUAAAGGUCUUUUUUCUUGAUUUUUUAAAAGCUGAGGUGUGUGAUAGUUUUUUAACGUAACAUUAGUGUUCUACAUUUUAGAAAAUAUUUAUAUAGUUUUUGAAAUAAGAGAAUCACUUCUGUGUUGAAACUGUAGCUUUCCUUUUUUUAAAAAAUUUUUAUAACUUUCUUUCCUUUAAAAUACUGUCUUUGUUUUUGGUUUCUUAGUCACAUCUGGUAGCUCAGGGGGCAAACCAGUCUAAAUGCACUGAGCUUUGAAGGGGACUUAAUUGCAGAUCUGUAAUAAUCAUAAAUAUUUAAAUUGUCUUAAUAUCAGCUUUCUGUGUUUUGUUUGAAUGAAUUUGUCUACAAUUCAAUAUUUGUCAACAAAUAAAUUUCCAUUUCAUGAACUAUGAUAUUGAGAUUAAACUCUGAAAUGUUUUUUAGACUAAAAAUUUGUUCUAUUUUUUUGGAAAAAGUUAAUAAAGACGAAAAUGGACUACAUAAA